AUGCGCGAUCCUCUCGAGCUGGAAGCUCAGCUGCACAAUGACAGGAUCGAGAGAGACCGGAUAGAAGCAGUGGGGGCAGUGCACGACUGCACUCACAGAGUGAUACCUCUUUGCGCAGCAUGCCUGGUCAUAUUCUCGACCGGGGCCAUCAUGGUGUGUACCCUGGCUUAUGAAAAGCCUCUACCACGAGGCGGAGUGAUCGCCGUGUCUUCCAUCUUUGGUAUACUGACUUUGUUAUUCCUCCUGGGGAGCAUCAAGCUCUAUCGAGACCGGAUGUAUGCCCACAGGCCUCGACUCAGCUUUCUGCAUAAUUUCAGGAACAGGGUGAACCAAAAGUGGCGCCAGGACCAUGACGGUCCGCAGGCUGGCACACCAAUGUCGUUUCUAGGUCAAGAUCGGGACCGAAAUGGCCAGGCCUUGCCCCGUCCAGAAUUACAUGAUAUCUCUCCUGAUGAAGGUGGUGGUGUUGGUGGCCUCUCAUCCACCUUUCCUCGACCCACUCCCCCGGUGCAGCGGCGGUUCCCAAUGGGUCCGCAGGAGGAGCCGAUGGUUCAGGGUGGCAGAUCACAGUACGCAGCGACGGGGCCUCAGCAUAAUUACAGGAGGAUGGAUGAUACGUCGCCUUCGAAGGAAAACGACUUUUCAUACAUGGAGACGCCGCCCGACUUCUACUGCCCACCGGCCCCGGCACGGCGGCUCAAGGCCCAAACAUCAACCCAAAGCUUCCGACAGUCUCUCAAACCAGCCAACGGGCGUACCGAUCAAGUAUACACUUACACUCAGGGUCAAGCAUCCCGCGCAACCGAGGGCGGAAUUCAGAGCCACGGCGAUCAGCCCAAUCGGACAGAUCGAGGUGGGCCACCGCCGCAGCAGGGUCCGUCGUUCAUGGCCGGGGCUUCCGGAGUGGCCGGGACUCCUGGAUCAUACAACGCGUACAAAGGCCAGAGCGCAGACGGCGGGGACUUGGCUGCUAACGUAGCCCUUAUGCCGCAGCUCGAGUCGAUACAGAAAGCUCUGGACCUUCUUGGCAAAUACGCGAAACCCUUACUCCCAGAGCUGGGCGGGCUGGGCGGGCUGGGACUGUACGCCGUCUCCGAGGCGCCCAACGAAGGAACAGAUGGGCCUUCCCUGCCGCCGUCAGCAAGCGGUCAUCAGCCAACUCAAGCCCGCGAGGGCGCGUGGUGCGGCACCAAUGUCGACAAAGCGAACAGAUACCCGAGAACGAAUACUCAGUCACAUCAGCAACAGCAGUAUCCACAGCCACCAAAGGCCGGGCCCCCGGCGGGCUCUACUGCGAACGACGGGUUCCCCAGUGCCUUUCUGUCUCGUGAGCGCGAUCAUGCCAGCGAGGCGCACCAGCGGGCCAGACAGCCCGAUGCUGAGCGGGGGAGACAGAUCUGUCCAAUUCCUGAAGCCCAACCUCAGACGGAGUGGCAAGACAGACGGACAACUGAUGAUGGAAGGCGGAUGGCUAAGGAAAAUUGGCAUGAGUCUGGGAGCAGGUUAGAGUCAGGGCCGUCGGCACUUGCACCCUCCAGCAAUGGCUCCACUACAGAGGGCUUAAGCAAGCGGAAAAGUGGAAGUCUGUCAGAUUGGGAGAUUGUAAAUCCAUAG